UUAAUGCAUGCAUAUGCACAGUAUACAACUGAUAUUUGUUUUAAAUUUUUAGACUAAGGAACAUUAUUUACUGGACUCUCUUCUUUUACAGUCUGGCGAUUAUUUACUCCGUGUUUGCUGUGGCUAACUGGGGAGCCCCGUCUGUGGUCAGUGUGUGCGGACCUCGAACCUCCAUGGUCAUCGGAGCAGUCAUGUACUGCCUCUUCAUAGCUGUGUUCAUCUACCCAAUGGUCUGGGCACUGUACCUGGGAUCUGUGCUGAUUGGACUAGGGGCAGCAGUAAUAUGGACUGCACAAGGAAGCUUUCUCACAGUCAACUCCACUCAAGAAACUAUUGGACGGAACAGCGGAAUAUUUUGGGCACUGCUACAAUGCAGUCUUCUUUUUGGGAACAUCUUUGUGUGGCAAGAAUUCAGUGGAAAGGAGACCAUUGAUUCGAAAACCCGUAUCCAGGUGUACGUGGUGCUACUGGUGGUGUGCUGUGUGGGAACACUCAUGUUGUUUGUACUGAGGAACAGAAGGCCGGAAGAUCGCUCAGAUCUUCUAAAUGUCAACAGUGGAGACCAGGCCAGCGAGGGACCACUUCAAGCAUUUAAACGUUCCAUCCAGCUUCUCAAGACAAAAGAAAUGCUUCUCCUUGGAGUGUGUUUUGCUUACACAGGAUUUGAGCUAACAUUCUUCAGUGGAGUGUACGGUACCUGCAUUGGGAACACAAAGGCCUUUGGUGAUGAGGCAAAGUCACUUAUUGGCAUCUCUGGUGCUUUUAUUGGGGCUGGGGAAAUCUUAGGCGGAGCGGCGUUUGGUCUGGGCGGGAAACUGACCAACCGCCACGGGCGUGAUCCCAUCAUCCUGUUUGGCUUCAUCGUCCACAUGGCGGCGUACUAUCUCAUCUACAUCAACCUGCCGCAGUCUUCACCCAUCGGAGAAAUCAUCACUGAUGCCAGCUACUAUCCCGUACUCAUGGACUCCAAUAAGUACGUAGCGAUCCUGUGCAGUUUCCUGUUGGGUCUGGGAGACAGCAGUUUUAACACACAGGUGUACUCUAUCCUGGGCUUCAUGUUCCCAGAGGACAGUGCACCUGCAUUCGCACUCUUCAAAUUUGUACAGUCCCUGACAGCAGCAGCAGGGUUCUUCUACAGUAAGUACCUCCUGCUGCAGUGGCAGUUACUCAUCCUGGUGGUGUUUGGAGUGGCAGGGACACUCGCUUUCUUUGAGGUGGAGUGGAAGACAUCCAAUGCCUCCAGGAAAGGCUAUACCCAGAUAGGAUGACUAGACAAGCAGGACCAGGAGAGACUACUGUCUGACUCAGAGGAGGAGCAAGAACGGACACUUGAAGCUGCCGGCUUCUCCCAGGGACUACUCACAUCAGUGCUGUAGGGGACAGGUCAUUAAUGAAUGUGGUAGGGGGAGGGCUGUACUGAAAGAUUUCUUUCUGUGUACAUACCAGUGUUCUAGCCAGCAUUCGUCUACCCUGCUACUCAUGACAGACAAAUUUCCCCAAUCCGUUGUCUUUGGCAGACAAAAGUCGGUGUGUAAUGAUAUGGAAAGAGAUCUAGAUGUCAUACCAGCUUAAUAUGCUGCUCAAAUUGCAGAAAAUAGCAUUUCAGAGGGUCAAUAUUUCAAACUUUUCCCGAAAGAGCAUGCCCAAGACCCCCAACUUGCAGCACAUGACAUGAUGGAAAAUUGAAAUGAUGAAUGAAAAAAAAAUUCAUGCUGACUAGAACACUUCUGAUACACACAUCAAUCUUUAAGGUCUGUUUCCUAAGACUUUUAUUGCCAUUUGUAACAUGAAAGUACAGUUAUUAUUUGGAUUUGCAAAAAAAGUUAAUAUAGAUCUAUAAAAUGAGAUGUACAAAACUUGAUAUGCCAUGAUAUUUCAUAUGAAAUAAGGAAAAAAAAAGUGGAAAUAGAAAUUGUUAUGCUGCUGUUGUGCAUAAAUACACUCAGUGUUCGAGAAUUCUGCUGGUCCACGUAAAAUUCAGGAAUUUUUUUUCUCUUAGAUGUAUGCAGGUACAUGCACAGGAUCAUGAGAUUUACUUCUAGUGACUGUAUAUAUAUUCUUUUAUUGCCAAAUACAAUGUAUACAGUAAUAUACUCUGAUUCCUGAUUUUUUGGGCAUUUACCAUUACUAUUUACAUGUCACUGUUUACUUAUUCUGCUGAAUUAGAUGAACUUUUAAUGUACUUUUGAACGUGGUAUAAAAAACGUGACAGUGCUGCUAAAGCUGCCACAGUAUCCCCCAUCCUGGAAAAAUGCCUCCCAUCAAGAAUUUUUUUUCCACAUCGACCUAAACUGGCUAAUGUACACGUUAUAAGUCUACUGCACCUCUAGGGUGUAAAUGUGUAUAUAGCUGUUAUGGAAUUUAAUUGUACUUGAAUGUAUGAGAUGGCUAUUUGUAUAGUCUUGUAAUUUUGAUCAACAGCAAAGAAUAAAGAC